AUGAAGACAGAAAUUAAAGACUUGUUUGAGAAGGACAAGAACAGAGCCAAGAAGCUGGCCAGAAAAGUUGAUGUGGGAAAGGAGUUUAUAUACUAUGACUUCUCGAAGACUCAUAUCACGGAGGAAAUCAUUGACAGAUACUUGGAAAAGAUGGAUGGAUUUGGAGAAAAAAUAGAGGGAAUGUUUAAUGGAGAAAAGAUAAACUAUACCGAGGACCGGAAGGUUCUGCAUGUGGCACUGAGGGAUAAGGAAGUGCUGAGGGGGAUUUCUGGAGAAGAUGUGAAGCUGGACUCGGAUCGUAAGAUGGUUUAUGACGAGUUGAUGAAGAUCAAAGGAUUUGUAAAGGAUUUCGAUGAAGGAAAGAUAUGUGGAGUAACUGGGAAGAGGUUAGAAAUGAUUGUCAACAUAGGAAUUGGAGGAAGUGAUCUUGGGCCCAGGAUGGUGUGCGAUGCACUUGAGUACUAUGGAAGGAAGGGGAUAAAGACUUACUUUAUCUCAAACAUCGAUGCAACGAACACAAUCAAGGUUUUUGAGAAGAUUGACCCUGAAAGAGCUUUAUUUAUUGUGGUAAGUAAAACAUUCACGACGCUUGAGACCAUCAAGAAUGCCGAGCUUUCAAUGAGGUUUCUGGAGAAGAGGCUUGGUAAAGACAGAGCUGAGAUUGCAAGUAAACAUUUUGUUGCAGUGAGCUCGAAUGUAGACGAAGUCAGGAAACACAACAUUUCCCGUGUGUUUUCGAUGUGGGACUUUGUUGGAGGAAGAUUCUCCCUGUGGUCUGCAGUUGGGCUGUCAAUAGUUCUCUACAUUGGAUUUGAUAACUUCAUAUGUCUACUUAGAGGAGCUUCUGUUGUUGACGAAUAUUUCCGAAAGAGCCGGGGAAGGUCAAAUGCUGAGAUGAUGCAUGCGAUUGUGGAGCUGUUCUAUUCGGAGAGGGGAUACAACAACAAGUGCCUUGUCUCCUAUGACGAAUACAUGAGGAAAUUCUAUCUGUAUCUCCAGCAAGCGGAGAUGGAAAGUAAUGGGAAACCAUCGCAAAAAACAGACACAGGCUAUAUUAUAUGGGGAGGAAAAGGGACGGAUGUUCAGCAUUCGUUCUUCCAGUUGCUGCACCAAGGUACCAGGAAGAUCUUGACGGAGCUUCUGAUGCCUCUCAAACCUUUACAUUCGGAGGAGGAGUACCAUAGGAUGGUUGUUGCAAAUUGCUUGGCACAAAGCAGAGGCCUGAUGAUUGGAAAGGAAGAUCCAAAUCCAGAGAAGUCAUUUGAAGGAGACAAACCAACCGUUACAGUCUGCUACUCUAAGCUCACGCCGGAGACACUUGGCGCCAUGAUAGCGCAUUAUGAGCAUAAGAUAUUCAUUCUGGGGCUAUACUGGGGCAUAAACUCCUUUGAUCAGCCUGGAGUUACUCUGGGAAAGAAGAUAGCCAUUGAAGUGCUUGAGUCCUUUGAUGAGAAGAAAGAGUCGGAGAAGUUUGAUGAGUCGACAAACGAGAUGUUAUGCCUGAUGAGGAGCUGCAAGAGGUGA